AGUGUGUGCAGCAGUAAAUCUCUUCCCUCCGGCCUCCUCGGCUGUCGUGCGGUUCCGUGCUGGAGGAGGCAUGGCGCUGGCGGGGUGCGUUCGGCUGCUGUCCCGCGGUUCGGCGCCCGGUCUUCGGCUUGGACGGGGGGCGCUGCCCGCUACCACAAGCCCCCCCCUCAGCCGCUCUCACAGGUUGACCCCCAGCGAUGAUGAGCUGUACCAGCGGACCUCGGUGUCGGUUCUGCAAAAGGAAGGGGGUGCGGCUCUGAUCCAGAGCUACAGCCCCCGGGGGUUCCUGGUGGACGGGAACCGAGUGCUCGGACCCUGUGCUCUGCUGCCCCCUGCCAUCCUGCAGUGGAAUGUGGGCAGUUACAAAGACAUCUGUGAAGAGAGCCUGGCCCUGUUCCACCUGCUGGAGCCCAGGAUAGAGAUCCUGGUCCUGGGGACGGGGGCCAGCGUGGAGCGCCUCGACCCGCAGGUUCUGGCGUUCAUGAGGAGGAAGGGGAUCGCGGUGGAGGUCCAGGACACGCCCAACGCCUGCGCCACCUUCAACUUCCUGUGCAGUGAGCGGCGGAUCGUGGCGGCCGGCUUGAUCCCGCCUCCCGUCGUCAGGACCGACGCGGACUGAGGCCCGAGGGCGGGGGGGGGGUCCACACACGCACACAGGAAGUGGUGGGGCCAGUGCCGCCCAGGGGGACACGAGGAAGGUAUCCGGGCGGGAGGGGCCCCUGACCGGCCCCUCAUGCCCCUGAGGCUGUCCUGCAGCUUGGGCUCAGCACAACCGCAAGGAACUGUCGAAGUAUUAAACUCCACUCAGGGUUUAACCGGGACCGGUAAAGCACUUCAGCCACUUGCAAGCAGACGAGCUGGCCCCUGGUUUGCGUGGGAGAACAGCCGUGCUUCAGCUCCAGGAGAGAGGCCUGUCUGUGUCCUUCCUUCCACGUGUGUCGACAUCCAGGUCCCUCACUCCCACGUGUGUCAACAUCCAGGUCCCUCACUCCCACAGGCAUGGUGUCGCUGUGAUCCUGCUCAACUCCGCCCACAAGGCCAGCCUGCAGGGUCUCUGUGUGUCAGUGUCUCGUGUCACUUGGUAGCUGUUUGCUGUGUGUUAAACAGGUGUAUUUAAUAAGCAUCAAUAAAGUAUCCCUUUCUCACAG